UCUCACCCUCUCACCCCUCCUCAAAGCUCCACGACCAUCCCCAAUGAAACCACGAACGACUCACAAAUCCUCCUAAGAACCUGAUGGCCUGAUGUCUGAAACCUGAAAUUGCAAAUCAUCAAUCGAUCAGACUCCGUCGGCCUGGCCGUUUGUCCAGGAACGACUUCGGCUUCACCUCUGUUAUCCACACGCGCGUGCGCGCCUGUUGCCGGCCUUCCUCGUCGUCCAAUAACUUACCCACGGCGCCUACAGUAUUUUCAACGUCCGCCUCGGCGCUCUCAUCGUCUCGUCGUGUCGUCACGUCCGUCUCGGCGUCAGCAGGGCGAAAGAGGUGUCAGUGAAGCCGCUUCGACUUAUCGCCAACCCCUUGACCUUGGCAGGCACAUCUUCUCUCCUCUGUCGACGACAAGACGGGUUCGUCAGCAAGACAAAUUGCUGCUUGUGUUGCAUGCUGGAAGGCUCACCUUGAUAAGAGCAUCGUCUCCGGAGUUCCGCAUCAACGCUGCAUGCGGGCUGCCUUGCUUGGAAGAGUAAGCCGGCAUUUUGCAGAUUCGUUGUUUCUAGAUCCUACGAGCAUCUCUCCUUCGAAACACUCAUAACCCAUAUCGCUCAGAAAUGGCACCGAUUAUCAUACAGUGGAUCCUAGAUACACGGCAUUUAUGGCCGGAGGCCACUGAAACGAAGCAACUCGAGCAAGUCGCUUCUCGAGCCCUCGACCUCCUCAAAUCCGAGGAACGGAAGGCGGUGCUAAAGUACUACCACGUCCGCGACGCGAAGCUGUCUCUGGGCUCGCAUCUCCUGAAACGUUACGCUAUCAGCCGCUUCUGCGGCAUCCCCUGGCCCGAGGCCACCGCCGUCCGCGACGAGCGCACCAAACCCAUCUUCCGCGCCGCUGACGGCACCACCCCGUUGAGCUUCAAUGUAAGCCACCAGGCAGGCCUCGUCGCGCUCUUCGCAGUCCACGGCUAUGACGCCGCUAGCGGUCCGGUGGAUGUUGGCGUUGAUGUGGUCUGCACCUCGGAGCGCCGCUCAAGGGACCAUGCCAUGCUGAGAAACGAGGGUUGGCCCAAGUUCGUUGACAUCCACGCCGAUGUGCUAUCCCCUUUGGAGGCGAACUUCCUCAAAUGGCAGGUGCUUGCGGACAUCCCGCCGGGGUUGAAGCCCGGCGCUUCGGUCGAGGAUGCCGCCGACUUUAAACUGCGGUGCUUCUAUGCGCUGUGGUGUUUGAGGGAGGCGUAUGUCAAGAUGACGGGCGAUGCGCUUCUUGCGCCGUGGCUGGGGGAACUGCAAUUCAAGAAGUUCAGGCCGCCGGCUCCGGCGGAGAGUUUCGAGGCCGACGGUGAGGCGGUCACGGAACAUGAGGUUGUGUUUAAGGGUACCAAAGUUGAGGAUGUGAAGGUGUCUCUCAGAGCCUUGGGUCCCGAUUACAUGACAUGCUCCGCUGUCCGGACGCCGCAGCGCAAAGAGGACGGGUUGGCUUUUGAGCUGGGCCCAUACAAGAUGCUGGAUAUAGACGAAGUGCUGGUGUUUGGCGAGAGCCAUUUAAGCCGUUGACUUUUACUUCCAUCUCGUUCAUCUAGACAGAUGUAAUCCAUCGUCAUACAUCGUCGAUUGCUGUAUGGUAAUUAAAUUGUAGCUUAUCGAAGCAUACUGCUGAC